UAUUUCCGGAAGUAAGUUAUCAGUGUCACACUUUCCAUCAGGACUAUCAAACAUCUCCAACGACGCAACAACAGGAUGGCACAUUGGUUUCACAGGAACCCACUGAAGGCAACGGCGCCUGUGUCUUUUAAUUUUUAUGGUGUGGCAGGGAGCCCCUCCGCCAAUAAGAUAUGCAAUGACCUGAGGACAACCAGGGCGAGACUGCUGGAGAUGUUCACUGAUGUCACCUGCAACCCAGAGAUCAUGAAAAAUGCCACAGAUGCAUACUUCUCCCUCUUACAAGGCUUCAUCUCAUCCUUGGAUGGAACUACACAGGAGAACAAGAUGAGGUUCAUCCAGAACUUCAAGUGGACUGACACCUUACAAGGAAACACACCAAGUGCCCAGCAGGAUGCAGUGUUUGAAAUGGUCUCCAUGGCCUUCAAUGUAGCCGUCUGGUACACCAAGUUUGCCUCACGACUAGCAGGCAAAGAAAACAUAACAGAGCCUGAGGCAAAAGACGUUCACCGGAGCCUGAAGGUUUCUGCUGGAAUGUUCAAAAACCUCAAGGACGUUCAUAUCCCUCGCCUCAUCACCCCGGCUGAAAAGGGCAGAGACCUGGAGCCCCGAGUGAUGGAUGCAUACAUCAUCCAGUGCCAAGCAGAAGCACAAGAAGUGACCAUUGCCAGGGCGAUUGAACUGAAGCACAACGCCACUCUCAUCGCAGCGCUGGCAUUUGAAACAGCAAACUUCUAUCAAAAAGCAGACCACACACUGAACACAUUGGAGCCAGAGUGCAGCAGCAAGUGGAGGAAGUAUUUUCAGCUGAAGUGGCAUUUUUACAUGGCUUAUGCAUACUGUUAUCAUGGGCAGACACUGCUGGCAAGUGACAAGUGUGGUGAGGCCAUAAGAUCUCUCCAGGAAGCAGAAAAGUGUUACUCCCGUGCUGAGGCGCUGUGUAAAGAGUAUCGUCAGACCAAAGGCCCGGGCACCACAGCCAAACCAUCAGAGCAACUGUUCUUCCUCAAACUGGGCGGCCUCAUUAAAAUCACACUGGAGAAGUGCCAGAGGGAAAAUGGAUUUAUAUACUUCCAUAAAGUCCCAGCUGAGGCCCCCCUGCUAGAGCUGAAGGCGAGUUACGGCCUGGCUGAGCCGGUCACAUUUGAGCUGCCGCCUCUCAGCGAGCUGUGCACUCCUGAGGUUUACGCCACCUUCGAUCUGACUAAAGGAGCCAAAAAUGGAAAGGCAAAACCCAAGGAGGAGGAGGUGAAACCAGUGAAGGAGCCAGAUUUGAAGCCUCAGACGGACACAGGCUGUGUCAUCUCCUAAACCCCCCAAACACUUCAUUAACAGCAUCAUGCUCACCUCCAUCGACUGUACUGAUGGCAUCUAUAUUUCCUUCCAAGUAUACAUCCAUAGGAAAUGUAUUUUUUAAUUAAUCCAUGACGUUUUACAUUUAUGCUAAGACAUGUGUAUUGUAUUUGGGUAUGACUGCCGUUGUUGUUGCAUUUAAACCAGAGCCAGUUAAACAUCAUAGCUAACAUGUUUGGAGUUUAAUUAGGGCCCGAGCACCAACAGUGCUUUCGCCCGAUUGUUCAGGAAAAUUAGUCGUAUUUUUGUCAGCUUAAACAUACUCAAAAACUCACAAAACUUUGCGUGCGUGUCAGGCAUGAUGACAAUGGCUCAACAGUGAUUCCUAAAACGCAGCAAUUCCGUCUGGUUUAACCGAUCAUCACGAAAUUUGGUACACACGUGUAUCAUGACCUGACGAAAAAAAAAUAUUUUGUGGUCAUUUGGGAUGUUUUACAUGUGUAUUCUAACAAACUCCUCCUAGAGCCCUCAGCAGAUUUACUUUAAAUUCAGUGAGUGUCAUUUCCACUCUUAGGAGAUGAAAGUUAUUAAACGUUGAAGUGUACGUCACACGGUGUGACCGGGCGUCAAAGUUUGAUGAUUGCCAAAAAAUAAGGAUUUACUAUAACUCCUCUGUGCAUUGUCCAAUCAGCCUCAAACCUCUUUAUCACAAUGGCAGUCCCGCCCUAAACAGAGCCAUAUGUUAAUAUUGACUCAUCGUCACUUCGCCUACUGCUGGGGACAGGAAGUGACAAGUUUUAUACUUUGAUGCUUUGAGUAUGUUCAAGCCGUCAAAACAGCCGUCAGCCUUGCUUUGACUUCAUUGUAUCUCUCCUGAGGUUUUCUCCAGUCAGUCUGUAAACUUAGCAGAGUCGUCUUUGUUUCGCAGAGCUGGAUAUUGAGGUCAGCACUGAAACUCUUCUCCUGUACCAGCAAUUCAAAGAGCUCCAGAUUUUGAUCUGCCACCUUUUUCUCAUUUUUUUACUUUGCCACUUCCCCACUGGGCUCCUGAUAGUCAUCGUACAUGAUGAACAUUUCUUUCAUCCUCUGCAGUUCUUGUGUGCUCUUCUCGUCGUUCUCCUUUGCCCUCAGUUCUGCAAGGUACAGAGGAAAAUUGAUCAGUUGUAGGUCACUCAUCUUGUGUGCAAUUAUGGUCUUUUCCUUGAUUAACGUCACUGCUGAGUUCAGUUGUUCAGAUGAUUACACAGAAUAUCUUAACCCUUUGAUACACAAGCUAUGCAAACCCCUUCUAAUGCAAAACAUUGGUCAAAGAUGACCCGUAUUCAUUUCCUGUGUUAAUUCAUGCAUGGCUGGGUGUUUCUUUGCUAAAUUCUUUUACAAGUUAUGUAGAGAAGAAAGCUUCUUCAUUUAGGAGAAGGCUGCUUUGAUGACAAAGAAGAUGAGUCCCCUAUGUCAUCAAAGAAGCCCUCUUCAUUUAGGAGAGCUGGAUUCUAAGACAAACCCACAACUCCAGCUUGAUUCUACAGUGUAGAACAUAGUCUAGAUCCUCCGCAUCAGAGAUUUCAGGCUCGCAAUCAAGACUAAGAAUUGCCUCCUCAUUUCCCCCAUCCUGUUCUUCAUACAGCAUCUUUAUGACCAUUAAACCGUGAGUCUAAAAUGAUAGGGACUAUCCACUCAUGCGUGAAAUCAGGAAGUGAAUACGGGUCCUUUUUGACCCAUGUUGUACAUUAUAAGGGUAUAAAUAUAUGUAUAAAUAGGGAAAAAAUAAAUAAGGAAACAUUUAAAUAAGGAUUAAAAUAAGUAUUUGUGGAGAUCUUUCAAUCAUCACAAAUCCUUAAUACAUUUUUGUCCAAUCCAAGUUAAUUGUGGAAUACCUGAAAUACCGAAUGAUGAAAUUCAUUCACUGAAAAUAUAUAGAAAAUCAAAACAGAGCUAGGUCACUUUGUUGUAUAUCAAAGGGUUAAGCUGAAAGAAUAACACUUGUUUGUGACUUACAAUAAUAACUCCACCCAGGCUUUAUAAAAAACACUUCAAAGGAUUCAUUAGGGCAAAUCAUUUCUUGUUUUCGGUUUGCUUUAAUGUCACAGUGUCAGUGGUCAUAGAUUCCUUCGAUGUCUUAGACGGUUGUUAAAGGAAACAUUGUAUACGAUCUGAAGAGAAACAAGUGUUUUUGCCCUGAACAGAUUUAUUAGUCUGUACGUAGUGACAGUGAUAUCACCACUUAUUUACCAAAAGGGAGGUAAGCCUCAUUUAAUUCGAUUUACAUAAAAUUCUCAACAAUUGGUCUUCACUUGAUGGCGUGGACCGUAAUACAUCAUGUUAUCGUUCCAGCGAUGCAAAAAACCCCACAUGAAACGCGGAGCCGUUUCGCCUGGUCCCUGUUCACCCUCCCUGCGGCUGCAUCAGGGCCCGAGCUCACAAGUGCUCUGGUCAACACAGUGCUGCUCGCAGCCCUAGUGCAAACUGAAUUUCCUUGAAGUAAACCUUAAACACAUACAAAUGGACAGGUCUUCUAGGCCGUGGUUAGGGAUGACUUUUGAAAGAUUUUCUUUAAAUUAGGAUAUUUAUACUGAUAAAAAAGCCUUAUGGGCAAUGCAGAAUGGUGCCUUUGUCUGCAUUAACCUGUUCACUGUUUACUCUUAUAAGUGUCUGGGUGUUAAACUCUUAACCGCUUUAUUGCUCUGGUCUGGUGAUAGACAAUUUAAAAAAGGCACAUCGGUCUAUUAAACUUGAUAAAUGGUUAUAUAUUGAAUAUAGAUCCAAAGCUUUUAAAAUUAAAUAUUUAACACUACAUAGACUAUGAUGGAACAAUCUGCAAAGAGUAAAUGUAGGAUUUGCAUUCACACAACCGCCCUGUAAACUAAACUACCUUUCAGAUGGCAUUCUAUUCAGAACCUACACAAAGACAAAAUUAACAACUGCAUGUGCUAUUGCUCUGUUUAGCUGUAGCAGUUUACAAUCCCAACUUUUAAAAUAGAUCACAUGACGUAUGUACUGUAGUUAUUUUUUGUACAUUAGAUUCCAUAGCAGUUUUAUACUUUGAUUGUUGAUUUAAAUAAGCUUCAUUACCACAUAUAUUUGAAUCAUUAGUAAAGGUAUUUUAAUUUAUUUCUAUUGUUAUGUAAUGAUAGUUUAGUUGACAACAUAACACACUUAACGACAGUAUACAGUUCUGUGUAAUUUGAAUCAUGUUUAUUGUAAUUGAUUUUGGUUGAAUGAUAUUCAUUGUUUCAGUGGAUACAUCAGAAUAGUCACUGACGUAUACAACGCUAACUCCUGUAAACCUGAACAGAGUCUGUGCAUCCACCGAGUGUUAUUAUUGUUUUUCAUUUUAGGGCAAAGGUCAAACGACGUAAGGGCUCGGCCCCACAUAUGCGAAUCCAAAUAGAGUAUUGUGGGUUAGAGUUCACCAGAGUUGAGUUUCACACAGUCACUCUGGGAUUUGCCCCGCCACAGGAAGUGAAUGCAUUCGCCUCCUCACUUGCACAGAUUGAGGCGAAGGUUUGCCACCGAUAUAUUUGCAUAUGUGUGACCGGGCCUUAAUUGUCAACACACCGGAGCUUGAGGAUCACAUGGACAUGAGUGUCUACGAUUAUUUUCUGUGCUAGUUCAGGGGCAGUACAGGAGCUGCUUCUGAUGUCAAAAACUCUUCCAAUUAAUACGGUCACAUCUGAUGAAACAAGAUAAUAACUGCUAAAAACUUGUAUAAAUUAUAAUAUACAGCCCAAACAUACUCCUCCAUGUCCCUACUUGUAUAUUAACUUACAUGAGCUAGACUGCUGCUGAAAAAGCAGACGAGAUUCUCACUAAAUUUCCUCAUUGCACAUAGUCAUAAGUUGUGCAGGGAUGUCUAUCGUUUAAGACGCGUUUCUCCUUGUGGUCUGGUUUGGUUUGAAUGGGAAUAUUGGUUUGAUAAACUUGGAUCAGUUGGUUUAACUGGGAAGCAUAAAUCUGAGCAAAGCUGUUUAUUAACAAAGCGUGUCUGGAAUCAUCAUUACAGUGUAAUACUCCUGUAGCCCUCUGAUGGUGUCUUUCAUGUAAAAUAUAUUCCAGAUGGUGUUAAUUCAUUUAUUGAACCACAUUCGUCUGCGUCUGCUGUUUGUAUACAACACUUUAUUGAGUUGUGUCUCAGUUCAAGAUACACUUGAGCAUUAUCCUGUCUGUUGUUGUGCAGAAUGAGCUCCACAGAGUUAACAAUGGUCAGAUUUGUCAGGGGCAAGAACAGCUGAGUUUGUAGAAACACUCAGGAGAAGCUUAGUCACUCCUGAAAUAAACAGCCCCGGUGAUGGCAUCAUCAAAUGAGGAUCUUGAACAUGUGCAACAAGGAGCUUAUGUUGUUUGAUCACAUCCAGAACCAUCUCUACAUCUUGGGGCCCUCAGCAAAAUACAGGAUAAGUUUAAAGCACUGUCUAAAUCUUUGUAAUUAAAUCAUGCAUAAGAUCAAUUUCUUUAAACAAUAAACAUAAAAUACAUUUUUGUCCUGUA